CAGCAGAAAUACUUUUACUCGUCUUUGUUUUCUUUAAUUAAUGCUCUUUGCCCUUGUGGCUAUCAUAAUAACAACUAUUUGCAUAAAUUUCAUACAUAAAGAGAGCAGGUUCCGCAGAGAUCUCUGUCUAUGUUGGCUUUAAACGACAGCAAAAUGUUAUUUGGAAUUGAUCGACUUUUCAGUUUUAUUUUAAAAUCUAUCAUAAAUUUCUUGCUCAAAUUGUUACUAAUAUUCGAACCGUUAGAAAUGAAAUUACAGCGAACUGAGUCAGUUCUAUUAAAAUCAUCAAGACGUUUCUACGAAGAAAAAUUCAUAACAGUUGAAGACGUGUCGAUACGAACAGUCAUCUUCAACCCUGGAGUUCCUAACAGACCACCACUAGUACUUCUGCAUGGUCUUAAUUCUGGUCUCUGCUCAUUUCUUCAAAACGUUAGACGAUUGAGUAGAAAUUGCACAGUUUAUGUCAUUGAUCUACCAGGCUUUGCUCGUAGUACAAGACCAAGAAUGGACAAAAGUGUCGAUGAAAUUGAGGCUAAUUACGUGAGAUGGUUGGACCUGUGGCGACAGAAUCUUGCGAUUGAAAAAUAUUUUCUGCUUGGUCACGAUUUUGGCGGUUACAUAGCGACACUGUAUAGCCUCAAGUACCCCUGGAGAGUUUGUCGUUUAACUUUAUAUGAACCUUGGGGUUUCCCAAUUUUACCUUUUGGUAUGACAGAUCGAAACCUAAAUAAAAAAGCAACGAAAAACUGCAAUCAAUUUCUUCCAAAAUGGAUCAUCACCACCGAUAAAGCUUUUCAUUUCGUGCAAUACUUUAAUUUUGUGUUUAAAAUUGUGUGCUUUUGGUGUCGACAGUUGUGUAAUGUUUACGGCUUAUUUCGACAUCCUUGUCAGUUCAUUCAAGAUUUAAAUAAGAAAAAAGAUCCGUGGGUAUUUUAUAAAACACUCUGCGAAAAUGCACAAAAGUCGUCUGGAAAAAAUGCUUAUAGUAAACUAAGUGUAUUGAAUACUUGGGCAAGGGAUCCGUUAAUUCGACGCAUCCAUUGUCUUGACGAUAAACUAUCACUAACUUUCAUAUUUGGUUCAAAAUCUUGGUUUGACCAUCGUUCGGCCUACGAGGUAAAAUGCUCUCGCACUCAACAAGACACAGUUAACAUUCAUAUUAUCGAUGGAGAAGGACACAUACCCAUACACCAAGAAAGCCCGAGGGAAUUUGAGUACAUAGUACUUCAAGAGUUGUGUACUUAUGAGGAUGAUCAGGAUGAAGGAUGGAUAGAAGACGAUUGGAUUUCCCAUGAUUACUCCGAAGAUGAAACAUUCAACAUCAUCUAAACAUUAAUACUUUAAAUUGUGAGCGCGAUACGUUACACUAAGGUCGAUGGGCAUUAAGACUUGGGUCGGUUGUACUAAGCCUGAAUCUGGAUAAUUUUGAGUUAAGAAAGUGAAGUUUUCCAUAGUUAAAAACUCAAAGACGUAAAGCCUCUUUUGGCAUCCAAUACUUCCAUUCAAGAUUUGUGUAACAGGUUAUUGAACAACGCAUGUUAUUGAAGUUUUCACAACGAAGAUGUAAUCAUCCUUAAACAAAUUAUUUAUUUUCAUUGAACUUUGCCAAAUAGUUUGUCAUACAUACAUUAAUAUAGUUAAAAACACAUUUAUCUUGCAGAUUGAGUACUUUAUUAAUGUAUGGAAAGUGGUUUUACUAACA